AUGGGGUUCAAGAAGCUCGUAUCAUUCCAACCGGAUUAUGUCCCACAAUACCAUAUAACUAAAUAUAUCUCGGAACGAACUAAACUGCAACUGGUACAUAUAAACCACAAAACCUCCCCAUUGGUUCACGGUUACUUUGCUGUUCCUACAGAAUGUCUUAAUGAUUCAGGUGCUCCGCAUACCUUGGAGCAUUUGAUCUUCAUGGGUUCUAAAUCUUACCCAUACAAAGGUUUAUUAGACACAGCUGGUAAUCUGUCUUUGUCUAACACCAAUGCUUGGACUGAUACCGACCAAACUGUUUAUACAUUAAGCAGUGCUGGCUGGAAGGGAUUCUCAAAGUUGCUACCUGCUUAUCUAGAUCACAUCCUACAUCCAACUUUAACAGACGAGGCUUGUUUAACUGAGGUUUAUCACAUCGACCCGGAAAAUUUGGGUGAUAAAGGUGUGGUAUUUAGUGAAAUGGAAGCCAUUGAAACUCAGGGCUGGUACAUUUCAGGGUUAGAAAAGCAGCGAUUAAUGUUUCCUGAAGGAAGUGGCUAUCGGUCAGAAACUGGUGGGCUAACGAAAAAUUUAAGAACCUUAACCAACGACGAAAUCAGACAAUUUCACAAAUCUCUGUAUUCUUCUGAUAAUCUUUGUGUCAUUGUUUGUGGUAACGUACCAACAGAUGAACUGUUAACCGUCAUGGAAGAAUGGGAUAACAAAUUGCCGGAGAUUCCAUCGAAUAUACCAAAGAAAAGACCAUUUUUGGACAACAAGCUUUCGCACAUACCGCAAUCUAGAGAUAAAGUUACGGAAUCUACUGUAGAAUUUCCUGAACUUGAUGAAAGUCAGGGUGAAUUACUCUUUUCUUGGAUUGGUGUUCCCUACUCAGAUUUUCGUAAUGACCUAGCGGUUGAUGUGCUAUUAGAUUACUUUACUGACUCUGCAUUGGCAGUGUUUACAAGAGAACUGGUUGAAAUUGACGAUCCCAUGGCAAAUUCCACUGAUUGUUGCACUGAUUAUUUCAUGAGAACCAUAAUUGAUCUUCGUAUCCAAGGUGUCCCAACAGAAAAAAUAGCAGCAACAAAGACCAAGGUACUGGAGAUUUUGAAAACCCAUACCAUUGAUUUAUCAAGAGUUAGACAGGUAGUUGAAAAUACUAAAUGGGAAUAUUUGCUGAACUAUGAAAAAAAUGGCGAGAGUCGUUUUUCUAGUGCUGUGAUUACCGACUAUAUUUAUGGUAAUGAAGAUGGUUCUUCAUUAGUGUCUUCUCUCAAGGAUUUAAGUGAUUUUGAUGCUUUAUUACAAUGGUCCCAAAAGGACUGGCAAUCUUUGCUGAACAGAAUAUUCGUAGACAACAAACCUAUCAUAGUUACCGCUAAACCAAGCGCUUUGAUGUAUGAACAACUAGAGAAAGAAAAAUCGGAUUUGAUCAAACAAAGAGAAGCUGAAUUUGAUGAUGAAAAGAAACUGGUUUUAUUGAAAAGAUUGAACAAUGCAAAAAAUAUUAAUGAUAGGCCAAUUCCGAAAUCUCUACUACAGAAAUUUGAGAUUGAUAAUCCUUCAAAGAGUGUUGAAUUUGUCAACACGAAAAGCAUUGCAACUGUCGAUUCGUAUAAAUACAAUAAUGUUAGUGAUCCGCUGACCAAAAAAAUUUUAGAAACGAGGCCAGACAAUUUUCCUCUUUUCAUUCACUUAAAUCAUUUCCCGUCUCAAUUUAUAGAGCUGCAUUUUUUGGUCAACUCCGCAUCUAUUAAGGAUACCUCGCUUUUACCAUAUUUUAAUAUGUUUGACGAGCUAUUUUCCAUGCCAAUGAAAAUCCUUGAUGAGGAGAGUAAUGUAGAAACUAUGCUCUCGUUUGAGGAAGUUGUCGCCAAGUUAAAAUCAGAAACUAUUGACGCACAGAUCAACCAAGGUUUGAAGGGUUCUUGUCCUGACCUUAUUAAUUUUAAAAUUCAAUGUAGAGCUGGGGGUUACUCUAACUCUGUUCAAUGGAUCAAGCACUGCCUAUUUGACAUGGUUUUUGAUGAAAAUCGUGUUCGUAUUCUGCUGGAGAAUUAUUUGAAUUCUAUUGUAGAAUGGAAAAGAAAUGGUAAUGUUAUGUUAAGUUCUUUAACUAACAGAAAUCUCUAUUCGGCAAGAUCGCUGAAAAAAUCCACCGAUCCAUUAUUUGUUGAAGCAAAAUUACAAGAGAUUUUUGCAGAAAUUGAGAAUGGCAACUUUGAGAAAGAAAUUUUGCCAAGAAUAGAAACAAUGAGAAAGCAACUGAGAGCAAAUUUCAACAAGUUUCAUAUUUUGGUUCUUGGUGACAUCUCAAAGAUCGAUGACGUUUAUGAACCAUGGAAUCCCUUAAUUAAGUGCUUGAACAUUGCACAUCCAGUUGAGAAGUUAAAAAUUCCACCAGUUCCAAGAGCCCUAGAUACCAUUUCAUCGAUUUGCAGAACACCUGGUGAAAAGGCCUUUAUAAUAACUACUCCCGCCUCAGAAUCUGCUUAUAUGAAUCUAAUAACGUCUAUCCCAUUUAACUUGGACUACCAUGAUCCCGAAUACGCUAUUGUCUCAUUGGCUUCCGAAUAUCUAGAAUGUGUUGAAGGUCCAUUUUGGAAGGGAAUCCGUGGUGCCGGAUUGGCCUAUGGUGCCAGCAUGUUAAAAUUAUGUGAGAUAAAUUCUUGGGGAUUCAAUAUUUACCGCGGCGCUGAUAUUAUUAAAUGUUAUGAAGUUGGAAAACAGAUUGUUCAAGAUUAUGCAUCAGGUGCCUUGGAAUUUGAUGAGCAGUUAAUCCAAGGUGCCAUCAGUAGUAUUAUUAACAGGCUGGCUACUAUCGAAUGCGGAUACUUUGAAACAGCCCUGUCCAAAUAUGUUGAUGAAUUCUGUUUGCAAAGGGGGAACAACUUCAAUGAAUUGUAUUUGGAAAGGUUGCAGAAUGUUACCAAAACAGAUCUGAAAAAUGCCAUGCAGAAAUAUUUUGUCAACAUGUUUGAUUCCAAUAAAAGCGUUGCCUUUGUGAGCUGUCAUCCAGCUAAAUUGGAAUCAGUUCAAGAAUUCUUUGAAACUCAAGGUUUCACUGUCGAAAUAGAAGAGCUAGAAGAUGACGAUGACGAAAUUGAUAGUGAAGAAGACGAAAAUGCGUGA